AUGAUUGUUCCCUGUCUUUCUUUUAAUAUUGUUCUCUCUUCCUUUUUCUCUUUCUUUUAUGAUUGUUGUUUGUUUCUUUCUUUCUUUUUAUGUCCCCUUUUCUGGGGGAAAAUUUUUCUCUUCUUUCCUCAAUCUUUUUUUUUCUUUGUUUUUCUUUCUUUUUGUUAUCUCAUUUUGUUUCUUAAAUUUCUUGCUUUUCUCUUUAAGUUUCUUUUUCUCAUUUUUUCUUCUUUCUUUCUUCAUUGUUUUUAUUUUUAUUUUUCUUCUCUUUCAGUUUCUUUUCUUUCUAUUAUUUUUUCACUUUUCCUUUCCUCUUUUAGUUCUUGUUUUUCUUCUGCUGCUUUUCUCUUUGAGUUUCUUUACUUUCUCUUUCAAUCAUCUUUCUUUCUUUCUUUCUUUUUAAUAUCACCCUUUCCAUCUCAUUUUUCUCUUAGAGUUUUUCUUUCAUUCACUUAUUCUCUCUUUCAAUCACCUUUCUUUCUUUCCCCUCCUACUUUUAUUCUUCAUUUUUUUUUCCUUUUUUUCAAUUACUUUCUUUCUUUCUUUCUUCACUCCAUGUUCUCUCUUCUCAGCAUUCUUUUACCUUUUUCUCACUUCCAUUUCUCUGUUUCUCACUCAAAAAUUCACAAGAGCAGAAUAUUCUAUACAAGAGAAAACCCUCCUCUCCAACUCCUCCUCCCCUCUUCUUUCUUUCAUUUUCCUUCCAGUCUAAAUUUACUCCCAAGAACCAAAAGAUACAAACGAGUGUCCUAA